AUGCGGUCGUUUUAUUUUAUUUUCGUUUGGUCGAUUCUUGUUGUGAUCAAUGGAGUUGAAAUUCAGGAAGGAGAAAUUGAACAUUUUCUGGAAAUUUUUGUAAAAGAAACUGAGACAAACAUUAUUACUAGUGCUUAUUUUUCAAGUAGGUUUUUUAAAAAUUUUUUUUGAUUUUAUGUUUAUUUUCUUAUUUUUGAUUUAAAUAUACGUAAUAGAUACCGAUAUAAAGAACCCGCCAUUUUUUACAGGCAAAGUAUGGCGGGUUCUUUAUGUCGGCACCAAAUGAAACAGAUGUUUUAAUUGGAUUGAUUGUAUUACAAAAUUUCAGCUUACAAUGAAACUCUUGGAAGUGAAUGCCUAGUAUCUGCUGUAGGAAAAGGAACAAAAGAAGAAUGGAAAAUAACACCAUUGGGCGAUGCUUUUCAAAUCCAUUCUUUUGUUAAGUUUAACCCUGAUCGUAUCACUGUUGCGUCGUCGAACGAAUUGUAAGUUUAAAAUCUUAAAAGUAUUCAUAUUCGGAUACGGAGUUGAAUUUUUUGGCCAUAUGAUCUAUUUCAUUUUACCUUACCACACUUAACUCUACUUUGCUCUACCUAAAUUUUUAAGCUACAUGGCUAGUUUUAUUAUAAAAUGGUUUUUAGAUUACUAAAUGGUAGUUUUUUAAACUAUUUUAUUUUAGAGAAGGGAUUCAUUCUCAGCAGUAUGACCUUAGUUUUCAUAACGCGUUUACCUAUCGAAAUUUGAUUUUCGUGGACAAUUCGAAGUUCACAUGGUCUCAAAAAGUUUUGUCAAAAACUCCCAAGUUGUACGAUUUGUGUGACAGAAACGUAACAGCACAAUUCGAUUCGUACUUUGAAGAAAAUUCGACGAUGUGCGGCAUUGGACAGGAGUGCUUUGGGCCCGACAAAGUAAGUUGAAAUUCUGAUUAUGGUGUUUAGAGGAGGAUAAGAUGUCUGAUGAUGGGCUGAGUAAGGCUGGGGUUAGAUUUGAUAGGGUAGAGUAAGCUUCAGUAUGACGAUGGUAUUAUGUUGAGUAUGAUGAUGGUAGAGUAUUGAAGGGUAAGGUAAUUCAAAAAGUUAUUGUUUAAUUUUAGCGAUGUGGAAUCAAUCGUGACACUGGUGAAGUAGAAAUUAUGGAUCCGGGAGAUCAAUACAUGUACAAGGCUUUUAAUUUUACGAUUCCAUGGAAUUGUGCUACGACAUUCUGCACAUUUAAAGACACUGAGUAAGUUUUUACCUAAACUCAUGUUUUUAUUACUGAAAAAGCGUCGGUCUGGUUCAUAUAGUGGAACUAUUGUAUAACGAACUCUUCCAUGCCGAACUCUUUAACGCACAAUUUAAAAGUUUUAAAAUUUACGAUCGAUUCGUUAUACAGCAGUUUCAAUGUAUUGAAUUUACUAACAUAUUUUUUCAGUGGAAAUGAAUUUGUGAUCCCGGAGAAACUGCGCACCUCAAAAAGCUCACCAGCUGGCAAAAGAAUCGGUCUUGUGCCAUUAUUAACUACACAAUCAAAAAUUAUCCGUCGAAAACUAAAUUGGCUGGUCGAUGACAGUUUCACCCACAAGCCGGCUAUGCUAAUGUCAAUAGGAUUUUUUAUUGUUUUCUGGGUUUUAUAA